AUGACAGCAAUACGAAAGGUGAAAACGGAAAUCAAGAAGAACAAAAAGAGCAAGAAAAAAUUAGACGGUACUGUGAAAAAGGGUUCUAAGCGCAAGAAUGUUGUUGUGAAAAAAGAGGCAAAAGUGGUCAAGAAGAAAGAAAAAGUGAAAAGAAAGCUGUAUUCUACUGUUGAUCUACAGAGAGCUGUAAAUGCAGUUAAUCAUGGCACGUCUGUGCGAAAAGCUGCACUUAAAUAUAGCGUACCACCAACAUCUAUCCACAGAGCUGUGAAGAACCCGGAGCAAUCAAAUUUAAUGGCUGGCCCUGCUCCAAUUUUGUCAACAGAAGUAGAGAAUGAGAUUGUAAGCUGGAUUUUGUAUCGAGCUGAGAAAGGAUAUCCAAUCACCAAAACUGAAUUGCUGGACAGCGUGCAAAGUUAUAUACGCAAUCUUGGAGAUGAAAUCCCUAAGACUCCGUUCACUAAUGACAGACCUGGCCGCCACUGGUUUGAAAAGUUUCGACUUCGACAUCCUGAAAUAACCAUCAGGACUCCACAGCAUUUUACUAUGACACUUGCUUGUGUGACUGAAGAAGAUUUGAGAGGAUGGUUUUCGGACAUUGGAGUGUACUUGAAGAAUAAAGGCUUGGAUAAAUUGCAUCCCUCAAGAGUAUUCAACUGCGAUGAGACUAAUGUGCAACUUAUUCCCAAAUCAGAGAAGGUGUUAGCCAAGAAAGGUGCCAGCUCAGCCUACAAGAUUGUGGAUGGGGGCGAAAAAGAAAGCCUAACAGCACUUUUUAUGUACAGCGCUGAUGGAACAAGAGCUCCGCCCAUGAUUAUGUACAAGUACGCAGAUAGUAUGCCAGCCAAUAUUCUAAAAAAUUGUCCAGCUGGUUGGGGUAUCGGCAAUUCUGAUAAUGGUUGGAUGACUACAGAGACGUUCUUUGAAUACAUAGCCAAUGUUUUUUAUCCUUGGCUACAAAAAAGUGAGGUGGAAUUUCCAAUUAUUAUUUAUUUGGAUGGCCAUUCCUCUCAUGUCACUAUACCAUUAGUCAAAUGUUGUCGAGAGAAAGAAAUAGAGGUAAUUGCUCUCUUCCCCAAUGCGACACACAUUAUGCAACCUCUGGACAUUGCUUUCUUUCACCCAUUCAAAGAAGUGUGGCGAGCAGCUAUUGCAAAAUAUAAAGCUGAAAAAGACAUUUCAAGAUUAAAGAAGGAACAUUUUCCAGCUGUACUUGAACAAGCUUUGAAUUCAUUUGUCAACGAAAAGCCAACCAUUAUAAAUGGCUUUAAAGAUGCUGGUUUGGUGCCCUUCGACCCUGAAGCAGUCGAAUACAAUGUUCUUCAUAAGAAAAAAAGUAAAAAGAAGAAAGCUGAAUCAGAGAAAUCAGUCGAGCAUAACCUACCGGAUGUUGUGCUCCAGAACUUCAAAGAAACAGAGACCAUCGGUGUAGAGAAUCAAGAUACAGCGAAUAACAGUUUGUUUCAGUAUUGGCUCGAAGUAAAGAAAGCUGUUGGUGAUGCCGGAAAGAAAUCGCGUUCUUUAAUUAAAAGUGUUGAGAUUUUAAACAACCACAAGUUAAUUGUAGUACCGCAAACUGUACCUGCUAGUACGUCUUUUGAAUUAAUGAAUGAAAGCAAUUUGAACGUAACAAAUGAUCCAAUUCUCAUAGAAUUAGAUGGCAUCGAAGAUAAUGAAUUAAAUGCUCUUUUAAAUAAUGAAAGCUUAGAAAGUAUUAUUAUAGAAACAAAUAGCACAAUUGAGCAUAUUGUCGAGCAUGAACACGCAUUACCUGAAAAUUUGGAUACUGUAAUCUCUCAAAAAGAAACCUUUCAUGAAAGUGCUGAUAUGACAAAUGAGCCGAAUGAUUUUCAAGCGAUCAGCACAGUAUUAAUUGAUUAAAUAGAAGAGCCUACUAGUCCUACAAUUACAAACAAGGACAAUUGUCAAACACCUGUUACAACCAACUUCGAUCUCAGUCUGGAAGUGACUGACGAAGUAAAAGAUAACUCUGAAGAGGUCGUUGAUGUCCAAUUUACAAAAUCUGUCAGUCCCCAAAAUCAAGAUAUUUCACCUGUUUUGCAAGAGAAUGUUCAAAACAUUUGUAAAGAAAUAAAUCACAAAUCAAGUAACCUACUUCAAGAAAAUCAAGAGAAUAUUGGUCUUGCUUCUGUAGAUUCAGGUAUACCAUAUUGUGCUGUAUACCUCAAUUGAUUUGAUUCACGUAUAAAUCAAAAUUUCAUGAAUUUUAUAAUAUAAAUUAUUGCAUAUUAUUAGAUAGCACCGCCAUUAAAAAGAAGAGUUUUGCCAAUUCUUUUUUGCUACCCGUAGACCACUUAUCUAAAAAGAAACGAGCUAAAUUAAAUGCUACUGGAAAACCUAAACUACCUGCUGUGGGAACAUCAGAAGAAUGGUGGGAGGUACAUUUGGAAAAGGAAGAAGCUAAAAAAA